AUGGACAUAAACACUUCUCUUUGGCAAAUUUGUCGAUUUCACCAAAGAGAAUUCAAACUUCCACUUGGAUUUCCAUCUAAAGCUUACUACAUCAACUAUGUUAUAACUUGUAUUGUCAAUGUAUUCCUAACAAUAUCGACAGUUUCAUUAAAUACCGUUACAAUUCUUGCUUACUGGCGAUCAAAACAGUUGAGAAGAAAGACGACGUAUUUCCUUAUAAUGCUGCUGUCUUUUGUUGAUCUAGCUACUGGAUUACUCGGAAAUUCCUGCUUUGUGUUGUUAUUAGUGAAAAUUCUACUGCACGAUCCAGACUGUACGAUUUAUGUGUUUUUGGAAAACAUAUCUCUGUCUUUAGCCGGAAUGUCUUUCAUGACAUUGCUUUUGCUAAACAUUGAAAGGUAUCUAUGUAUUGUUCAUCCCUUUUUUCAUCGUAACAAGGUGACGAAGCUCAAACUCUUUAUCAUAGCAACAGCGUUGUGGAGUUGUGCCAUAGCAUCAACGUUAUGUCGUUUAUUUCUCAACCAAAUUGGACGAAUACUCACCAGUGUUGUCAUCUUGAUAUCGUUUGUUUCGUUCAUUUUUAUUUAUGCGUCAAUUUUUCGAACAAGUCAAACAGGAAGACGUGUGUCUGAACGAAGUAACACAGAACACAAGGACAGGAACACAGCACAAGAUUUGAGACUAGCAAAAUCUUGUGCAAUUGUUGUUGGUUGCACAUUUUUAUGUGUAAUUCCGUUUGCAGUGACAAAUUCUUUAGCACCUUUCACAUUUUUAACGCUCUCCUUGGCGUAUUGGAGUUGUACUUUGGGGCUUUCCUCGUCUACCCUCAACUCGCUUAUCUUCUUUUGGAGGAAUCCUGUUUUGAGGACUGAAGCAAAAGUACUUUUAAGGUUGGCUAACAUCAAAGCAAUUCGGAAUACGUCUGUUGUGAGCGGCGAGACAACCCAUAAUCGAUAAGAAGGUUUCAUAAAAAACCACUAGAGUUAAGAUAAUGCUAAAAUAAAGGAUGGCAAAUGAAUUUCAUAAUUAUCCUACAUGCAUCUCAACAAAUUUUAAUGUAGAGAGGUAACAACAGCGUUAUUUGUCAUAUUUGGAUAUAACUAUAUUAAAUAUUCCAGGGCUAGCUGGAUAUCAAAACUACCACAUUACCAUGCAAUGGAUUUUAAGCUUGUUUCAGACAAGAAUUUUUCAUGUGCCAAACCUAAUGUUAAAAUCAAAGCUAAAGGCUUUGUUUAAGUUCAUUUGCAUUUGUUUCGGCAAAUGAGAAAUUCAACGUCUCAAAAACGGGCAUUACUACCCUAUAAUCCGCAACUUCAUCAGAGCAAAAUAUAUAUCCUAGGAGGUGUUUUAGGAAUAUCUAGACAUUUUGUGAAGCCAGUGCAAAAAUUUUCAUCGUAUAAUUAUGUAUCCUAAACGUAGCUAUAGUUACUACAAGUUUGGCUGAAACAUUAGAGAACUGACAGGUUGCAUGGAAUUGAAGCUAUCAAUUAACGUAUUUAGUCGAUUUUAAUCUAAAUAAAUUAUUGAUAUCGUGCAUGGGCCAGUGAUCUGGCGAGUUUAGAUUGACUAAAUGAACAGCAUGCAAUUAAACAAAAUGGCGUUAGUUCAACAGCUGCUUGAGUCGUCAUUUUUGUUGACAACGUAUAGUUUUUGGUGAUUGGUCAUUAAUAUUAUUUUAGUGUCAUCAUAAAAAAAAUAUAUGGAUGGGCCGGGUUUUUCACUGAGAACUAUAUAAAACACUCGUAGAACUCAUACGCCACUACAUCCGGGGUACAGUGCGCCUAUUUUUCGUAUGUCUCGUUUAGGAG